AUGUCUGGGAUCGCAAGUGCGACUGGUCUCCUGUCCGCGCGAAUUCAGCCGAUUCGCAGACCGAAGCCUAAGAGCGUGGAAUUAUCAGGUUGUACCCGAGCAGCCCCGUUCGCCCUUCGACCGUUUGCCGGCCUCUUUAAUCCUUAUCCUUACGGUUGCUCAGUGUUGUGCAACCAUCCAGCGGAUUGCGAAGCAAAGGAGGUGGUUCAACGCGCUAAGGACACAUGGGCGACCGAAGGGAAAGCACUUUUGCUGCCGGAGGAGAUGGAAAUGAUACGGACGAGCCUAUUAGCGGUGGGUGCAGGCGGUGGUGGCGAGACUGCAGCUGGAAAUGUCGGAGGUGGCGACGAUGGUUAUAAUACUGAGAUGACCGCUUCGGCGGUGCCCGAGGAGCUCUUCCGGAAAUACACGGAAACCGAUUCGCGACCUUUGACCCCGGCGCCCACGCUUGCUAGCGGACCAACGGCAUUAACUGGUCGCGCAGCCCAGGAAGAUUUGCCGGCGACCUGCAACCCGCGCGAGCGCACCACCCUAGUUCUGGAUCUCCGAACGACCUCGCAGAACCAGCAGGAAAACGAAACGUUCAGCUGGCAUGCUCUUACGCUCGAACUACCACCAACACCUCGGAAAAGCGAAAUAUUUAUCUGUAAGCCGACCUUACGAUCACAACAUUCAUUAACGAUAUCUGUGCCACCUCCUUCGUCACUUUCCUCGCCUAUUGCUGAAAAAUGUGAAAUGAGUUCAUCCCGAAACGUGGAAGAAGAAGUCGAUAGCGACAACGAGCAGCAACCAACAAUUAUACGAAGACGGGGAAAGCGAUUACGUAAAAGAAAGUGUAGGAGAGGCUCGACUUACGGCCAGCAAACGGAAGUUCGUGAUCCGCUCGAGCCCACGGUAACACAGGUUUCGCAGAUCGGAAACGGAUCACGGCGAUCGUCGCUUCACGUAAACGAUGGCGAGGUCGAUGGCUCGACAUCUCCCAAGAGAACGUCCGCACAGGUAACAAGUCAUACGAUGCCUCCGAGUUUUCUCGAACCAGAUAUAUUGAAGCAUUUGUGCAGAGAGCUGGAUCGUGACAAAGUGGAGGCGGAAUUCUCAAUCAAGAGACGAAUCGCCUUAGAAGAAGCGUUACGAGUGAAAGGCGAUGCAUAUACUUUGCGAGGAUCUCGUCAAACCAGUGCCAGUUUAUCGGUGGAAAACGCUCUUCGGAUAUUCUCCCGUCAAGCGGCGCGAUUUGAAUUGCUUGAUAGUCAAAGUCUUUGUGAUUUAACGUCACUUCAGUACCUCAGUAAACACGCCUACGUCACGUCGGGAAGAAAACUGAUAUUCGGUCGAAUAUUUAAUAAAUUUAUCGAGGAGGCGUUGCAUAGUGCACGGCACAUUUCACCGAGCGAUAUUGAAGAAGCUCUUGGGGAAGUGGUUGGGAAGGCAUUGACGGAUGAGCAGCGAUCUUAUAUAAAGUCUGUGAUAGGAGAUAUAACUCAGCCGCUAGGAUUUAGGGAAUGGUGCGGAUUAUGCGCCGCUGUCGAAAGGCUGCUGUGUCCUUUGCCACCGAGGGAGAGCGAUCCGCCAACGUGGCUCGAAAGAACAGACUUCGAAGCUCUGGAACGAAGACUCAAGUCAGCCGGAUCGGUAGAUUUCACAUUAGCAUUGUUGUUGAAGGAGAUUCGUGAUAGAUAGAAUAUAACGUGUUUCUUAUCAUAUACUCUCAUAUAUAUACUCUC